AUGCUGCACGAGGCGGCGCCCUGCACGUGCGGGCUGCUCUACGGCAGCAGCUGCGGCGGCUGCUCGCUGCUGUUCGCCGCCGCGGCGGGGGACCACCACUACAAGCACUGCGGCGGCCGCGGCGGCGGCGACGGGGAGACCUUCAGCGGCGGGCCGUACGGGGGCUCCGUGGACUGCACGCUCUCGCUCGGCACGCCGUCCACGCGCCGCGCCGAGGCCGGGGCGGCGCGCGCGCCCGCCGCGGCAGCCGCCGGCCUGCACUGGGAGGCGCCCUCCGCUCCCAGCUGCAACGGCAGGCAGCAGGAGACGCGCGCCGCCGAGGCGGGCGCUCGCCGGUGCGCCAACUGCGACACCACCUCCACGCCGCUCUGGAGGAACGGGCCGCGCGGACCCAAGUCGCUCUGCAACGCGUGCGGGAUCCGGUACAAGAAGGAGGAGCGGCGUGCGGCGGCCGCGGCGGUGGCGCCGGCGGCGCUGGCCGCGGACGGAGGGGUGGACUACGCCUCGUACGGGUACGCGCGGCAGCCGCAGCAGUGGGGCUGCUACGGCCCGGCGGCCGUGGCGAAGGCGGCGUCCUUCGGCAUGUUCGGCGACGCGGCGGCCGAGGUCGACGGGCCGUGCCUGCCGUGGGGGCUCGGCGUCAUGCCGUCGUCGCCGGCGUUCGGGACUGUGCGGGAGAUGCCGAGCCUGUUCCAGUACUACUAG